UCUAUAUAACCAACCCCUAAAAAUACCCUAAACCCUCUCUUUAUACUCUGCAAGUGUGCAUUUCUCUUCUUCCUUGUUGUACAUUUUCGAGCAGCGAGAGGAGAGAGGCACUGUUGAAAACCUUAUUCUAGCUCUGAGGGUUUGUAACUUUCAGAAAACAUGUCGGGUGAGAAGCCUCAACAUCCGACUGUGGCCCAGAAAGUAGCUGGCCAGUUCCGUCUCGGUUCCAGCCUUUCACAGGGUGUUGGUUCACUAAAUGGUGCUUUCAACUCUCAAUCCAUGUACCAAAGGCGUUAUGCUUAUGGAAAUACCGACAGGGCAUUCCAGACAUGCCGUGUUAGCCAAGAUUUAUCUUUGGUAAACCCAUGUGCAUCACCUGUCUUUGUACAAGCACCUGCUGAGAAAGGAUUGGCCAGUUUUGCUGUUGAUUUUCUUAUGGGAGGUGUCUCAGCUGCUGUCUCAAAGACUGCUGCUGCUCCAAUUGAGCGUGUGAAGCUUUUGAUCCAGAACCAGGAUGAGAUGAUCAAGUCUGGCAGGCUCUCUGAAUCUUACAAGGGAAUUGGUGAGUGUUUUGGACGAACAAUCAAGGAAGAAGGGUUUGGAUCAUUGUGGAGAGGAAACACAGCCAAUGUCAUCCGUUACUUCCCUACACAGGCCUUGAACUUUGCAUUCAAGGAUUACUUCAAGAGGCUCUUUAGUUUCAAGAAGGACAGAGAUGGUUACUGGAAAUGGUUUGCUGGUAACUUGGCAUCUGGAGGUGCUGCUGGUGCUUCUUCACUUCUUUUUGUCUACUCUCUUGACUACGCCAGAACCCGUCUUGCUAAUGAUGCCAAGGCCGCAAAGAAAGGAGGAGAAAGACAGUUCAAUGGUUUGGUUGAUGUAUACAGGAAGACUAUUAAAUCUGAUGGUGUUGCUGGGCUUUACCGUGGAUUCAACAUUUCUUGUGUUGGAAUUAUUGUCUACCGUGGUCUCUACUUCGGAUUGUAUGACUCUCUAAAACCAGUUCUUUUGACUGGUGACCUAGCGGAUAGUUUCUUUGCCAGUUUCGCUCUCGGUUGGUUGAUCACCAAUGGUGCUGGACUUGCAUCCUACCCCAUCGAUACAGUCCGUAGAAGAAUGAUGAUGACUUCCGGUGAAGCCGUCAAGUACAAGAGCUCUUUCGAUGCUUUCCAGCAGAUCUUGAAGAAAGAGGGACCCAAGUCAUUGUUCAAGGGUGCUGGUGCUAAUGUCCUUCGGGCCAUUGCUGGUGCUGGUGUGCUUUCUGGAUAUGACAAGCUUCAGCUUCUCGUCUUUGGCAAGAAGUAUGGUUCAGGAGGCGGCUAAUUCACACACUUGGGGUGUCUCAUCUUGUUUAGCCACUGUUAAUGAUGAAAAAAGGAUAAACUAUGAGUUCAUUUCACAAGAAUAUGUUUCUUCACUUUUUGGUUUGAAUAAUUCAUCUCUUAGUGUUGAGGGAGUAAACUCCCCAAAACCAUUUUCCUUUGCAGACAAAUUUUUGAUCUUUAUAUAUUAGGGUUAUUGUGGGAGUUUGUAUUUCAGUCUCCCAUAUUUUACAUAUUUGUAGUGUUACCCUUCAAUAUAUUCUCAUUGUCUUUUGGCAUUCA